AUGACGUAUUAUAACCAGCCUGGAGCUCGUUUAUUAUCCUGUAGUAAGUGUCUGUUCUUACUGAGCGGAGUUCUGUUUGUGAUUUUCCUCAUCCAUCGUUACCUAAGUAGUUUGCCUGUCUGCCGUGUAUCCGGACCUAGAGAAUGGAUUGCUGAUGGAUAUAGGAAUUACGCUAUUAGAACAACAUGGAAUGGAGACUGUAUAAAGCAUGAACCGGUGAAGAUAUCACUAGCGCCAUCAAGUGAUGGUGGGAUGAUAAUCACAGUGCUUGCCCCUUUCUUCAACAGUCCCCCAAAACCAAACGGUCCUGCUGGUCAACCAUUUCCUGGACUUUGGGACUAUGAAGUGGUGGAGGCUUUUUUCUUGAACGACAAAAACCAGUAUCUGGAGGUUGAAUUAUGCCCACAUGGCCAGCAUCUGUUGCUUAUGCUCAAUGGACAGAGGAAGAUGGUUAAGGACAAGCUCCCACUGACAAGUUUCAAUGCAACCAUUGAUGGGGACAGGUGGAAAGGGGAAGCAAUUCUUCCCAGGUCUUACUUUCCUCCCGGCGUGACCAAAUUCAACGCUUAUGCCAUUCACGGAGAGGGGUCCGACCGGACGUAUGAAGCACUUUAUCCGGCCACCUGGAAACUGGAUCAGCCAGAUUUCCAUCGCCUUGAAUUCUUCCAACCAAUAGAUAUGACACAAGUGUUGAAUAACUACAAGAACAAUGAAGUCUCAGAGCUGUGGCGCCCUUUUGUCACAAAUUAA